CUUUUGACUCCAACAACAGGAGUCGGGGUCGACUCCAAAAAUCCCGGAGUCCAUUACUUUGACCCCCACCCGUUUCCAUGGCAAUUCCAUUGUUGGUCGAGUUCAACUGACAUCUUUACCGCAUCUACAGUAUGGAGUGGCCCCUGCGAAAGCAACAAACGGUUCCAUGGUUACCAUGCGUAAACACGCACGAGUGGAUCAAGAACCAGCGCUACUCCCCAAGAGUAGACCGCCAUGACAAGUCGAAUGCUGAAAACAGAACUGGUGUCGCUACUUCUCAAUUUACAAUAGGAAUACAUUAUAUACAAUAUAAAUCCAAAACUGUUUCAUUUGACUAGGUCUAUAAUCGUAGCACCCAAAAAUGGAUGAUUUGGAGAUAGAGGAACAACUGGCGCGGAUUAAAAAGAGAGAUUUAUUGCAGACAUAUUUCUACAAAAUGGCAAGCAGAGUGUUCGGUCCCGCUAAAACACGGGACAGGGUUUUCAUCGCGCCACCGAUGCCCAAACGGCCCGUUUGCACGUCUAAGCCUGAAAGCCAAGUGCUGACAAAAUGCCGAUAUGGGUCAGUGGCGGCCAUUGUGCCAGGAACAGGGGACAGAGUCAGUGGUGCUCCAAUUACAGUGAUGCCUUUGGAAGUUAAUGACACGAAGCACCAAGACUGGGUUAACCAAAGGAGGUCUUUUCGUCGACAGUUUGAUAGUCUCGGAGACUUGUCGAAGUGGGUUAACAGCAAGCCGACGGUGACCGAGCUGGAGAUGUUGGUUGUGGAAAGAGAGAAAAAGAAGCAGAGAACUCCCUCACCUGUCCUGGGUUUUACUUUGACACCCCCUGAGGCUCUUAAGGCCAGAACACGUGCCAGCCCGACCCGUCCUUCUCGGCGGGCUAAUGUGCCUCGCACACACGCAGCCCGGUCCCAACUGCGCGAGGUAAAGGAGGUAAGGAGGUACCUCCGCACUCACAAGCUCCGACCCUCUGAACUGGCUAAGAGGCUUGACAAACAUGGCACGGGACGCAUCAGUCGGAAUGACCUCCGAGCUGUGUUUGAGAAGGAGGGCCUCCCUGUGGUGCCAGAGCAUCUGGAUGAUCUGGUGUCCACUCUUAGCGGCAUGGAAGGGGACACAGUGACAGUGAAGGACUUGGCGGAGGGCAUCAAGGCCUGGAGCCUAGAGAGGGAGAAGGAGGAGAGUACCAGCUGGGGCCGCAGGGGCCUGACAGAGAGAGGAGAGCUAGAGCUGGAGAAAGGAUGCAACAGGGAAAUAGAGAGAGUGAGGUGCAGGGAGCAGCGGUCUCCGAGCAUCCUAGCACGGAGGCCAGUGUGGAGCCGUGGUCUUAAGCGUGGGUCGGGGAGGCAUGGUGCCCAGCUCCUGCCCCUCCCCAGUCCUGAGCUGUGCCUGCAGACUCCCCUGUCUCUAGAGGAGCAGCAGGAGCAGGCCCUUAUCCAGCAGCACCGCCGCAACAGGAACAAGGAGGGAAUGCAGGAUGAGGAGGUGCUGGCCAUCAUGAGGACAGUGUGUACAGGGAACACCACCCAGGACGCCCACUCCCACCCCUCCUCUCUGGGAGGAGACACGGCCCGAGUGUUGGACAAGUUCAGGAGACAGUGUCUGGGGGAGUACCUGGACUCACUGGACCAGUGUCACACACAGGGGGUCGCAGUCAACCAGGCCACACUGGAGAGAGUUCUGCUGCAUCCAGGGGACCAUGUCCUAAAGGGUCCAGAGAGUCUCUUGCUGAGGCAGGCAGGAACCAAUCCCAUGCCGGGGUGUGGGGGCCGUCUGAGGACCUGGAUCGGUUACAGCAGCAGUACCCCGCGGGGGGGCGAGGAGAAGGAGGAAGAGGAGCAUGGCCUGGAGGAAGAGGCCGCUCUACACAAAGUCUGCAAGGAUACGUCUGUACGUCGGGGACCCAAGAUGAUGACCCUGUCCACAGGUCGAGCUGAGGUAGGACACAAGACAGAGUGCAGGCUGACCAGGGAGGAGUAUACCCACAUGACCAGUGUGUAUGUUCUGUUUGUUUGGAGCAGCAACAUGAGGGAGCCGUCCAGCCGUAGAGCCGACCCUAACGCGUUCUGGACUGGUCAGGACAACCAUGUGAGACUCUACCUGCCCAGAGUGGGCCUGUCUCCUGAGGGGGUCCUCUUUGAACACAUCAUCCGCUCUCCCGCCCCAAGCCCCGGCAGCUGGCCUGUCAACGACAGGGGCUACUUCACCUCUGGAGACAUAGAUGGACACAAGGCCUACACCCUGUAGAGCACUUUACGCCAUGCUCCAGAUACAAUAUUGUACUUUCAUGUGGGAGUUCAAAGACUUUUUGCUGUUAGAUUAUGGUUACAGUCUUAUCCAAGGGUCUCCUCUUCAUUUCACAAGGCUAUUUUUAAUUGAGAUUAUUUUGUCUUUGAAGCUAAUAAAGACUAUAAUAUAAAGUGAAUGUCCAGUCAGAGGAGUAUCCUUUUAGGUGAGUAGUUUUAAUGACGAUCUCUCAAGACUGUCCCGAAGAAAACCCACAUACUGCUUUAUGGCAUACAGUCACAUUGUCGUGCACACUAUGACAUCUCCCCUUUUAAAGGGAUACUUCAAGGUAGUUUUGUGAGCCACUGAUAACUAGCGUUAGUUUUUUUGGGGUUGUGUCCCUCUCUCUACCUUCUUUCUCUCUCUUCUAUUUUAUUUUCAACGGACUAGGGUACAGUGCUAGUAACAGUGGCUUGACCGCAAUUGGUGCUGUUGCCCUAGUUCACGGACCCCUCUGACACCCGAAGGACUAGGGAAGAAGGAAAGGUAAAAGUGGCUUGACCGCAGCCCAACCUGACUCCCCAGUCCACAGACCACCCUGACACCUGAAAGAUUGGGGGCGAAGGAAAAGUAACAGGGGCUUGACCGCGGCCUGACCUGACUACCCAGUUGACGGACUACCCCAGACCCCCCAUGCAUCCAGAACUAGCAUCAGACCAGCUGUCUGAGGAGGAGACGACGGACUGCAGGCCUCGAGGCGAGUAAAAGCGCUGCCAUGGCUAGCCUUUACUCCCUCUACCCCCUGGCCUGCAGCCCUCCUCCCCUGCUUAUUUUUUUCCAUCUGCCCUCCUCAGGCCACCACCAUCCAGACUAGGACCAGCCGACCGCCAACCAUCUGGAGCAGUUUUACUAGGAGACCCCAGACCAGAUGCAGAAAACACCACGACAACCAGGGCGUGGAGGAAGGAACCCCUUUAAAGAUACCAACCUACGCCUGGAGCGAGUAGACUACAGGGGAGUGCCUCCAUUGACCUUCGGGUCACAGACUUCCAGGUGUGUCUACUCGCUUUAAGAUUGUCCUUCCUCACCUUGCAGGACCAGAGUAGACCAAUGACCAGAACAGACAUCAUCAAGACCAGAACCAAGUUCCGUUAAGACCAGACCCAACAGCAGUGGACGGAGUCCAACACCUCUCCAGUACCAUCACGCUGGGGAAUAACAGGGGCUCCGUCAACUACUAUGGCAUGCCCAAACUGCAGGAAAUGUGGCCAACUGGGCCAUCUAGCUGUAGCCUGCACAGCCAUCAUCUGCAGAAUCUUUAAAGGGAUACCAUCCCACCUCCACACGACCCUGCAACCUGUGCGGGAAAGGGGGCUAUUUCUUCAGCACCUGCCACAGUUCCUAUGCUGGGAAGGCAAGGGCCAACGGCACCAACCCCAAACCCACUAAGCCACUGCCCCUGACCCCCUUACUGCCCCUGUCUCCUCCAGCCUGCUCCUUAGUGACCGAGCAUCCAGACUUGCUGCCGCAUCGCUCCUCCUCCAGCACCAGCCCAGGCCGAUGGACAUACUACCCCCACAAUAACCAUUGCACAAGGUAGCUACUCUACCUGCUUCAUUCAUGACGAUAUAACCAUCUGGAAAAAGCUAGAUUGCUAGUCAAGUUGCUAGUUAGCUAAGUUAACUUAUAUUAACCAGUACUACAAAAUACAGCUAAGCUUUUAAAAUGUUAGCUGUUACCUUCAGGCUUGAUAGUUGGUUAAAAAGAAAAACCCUUGAAGGGAAGGCGAUUUUCGUUAUUUGUUAGCUAGAUAGCUAGGCUAACUUACCAGUUAGCUUUUAUCCCCCUAUCAAAUCUAGCUAGCUAGCUAGCCCCACUGGCUGCUGGCCAAAUAAGCUAACGUUCUUGAUUCUAGUUACCAAGAUAAAUAAAACAUCUACAAUUAGCUACCAACAGAGUUUAUCUAUAUUAUUCGUACCCGUCUUUUUACCAUGACAAACAGAUGCUGACAUUAAGACCGCACUCAACAAGCUGUAUAAAGCCAUAAGCAAACAAGAAAAUGCUUAUCCAGAAG